GUUCCAACUUCUCUCUAAACUUGUGUCUUGCUUCUCUCUCUAAAAGGGUCGUUCUAACUUGGGCGUCGGAGUGCUAACGAACCCCCACCCAAAGGGGUUCGCUGGGCGCCGUGGUGUGCAGGUUGCGGACGUGUCGUCGGGGCGCCGCUGGAGCAGGCUGAGAUCAGGAGGGUUCGUGGCACAAACAUGAGAUUUAUUUGGUGUUAAUGGUUUCUCCAAUCCUCGCUUACAGUCUCUUGUUAAAAUUGAUUUAAACAGGUUGAAUUGAAUUCCGACCAACGAUUGAACAUCAAACCACUUGCCAAACAACUCGAUGGAUUAAAUAGGUUUGCCAACCUUGAUCUCGACUCUCGAGGUUGUGCAACGACGACGUUCCACGAAGGCUGCAAAAUCCCAAUCGAGCGAAGCUGAGAAAGUUGCUGCUACUCCGGUCAGCUUUCCGCCGCCGCGCAAGCGAAGAGAUUCUUCUGCCUUUUCUCUCGGUUUCUCCGGCGGCCUCAAUUUACGUUAGAACUCCCACCCAAGGUCUGAUUCUCCUUCAUCCUCCUUCGAUCCACACUUCGCGUUUGUUUCGUUUCUUCAAUUGCAGUUUCGAUUUCUCUUCUCGGCCGCCUCUUGAUUUUCCGCCACAUAGAACUCGUAUAGAAUGAAGAACUGGUUUUCACCGUGAUGCGAAUUCUCUUUCUGCAUCAUUGAUUUUGAUUAGUCUGAUUACUUUUUUUAGCAGGAAUGGUGCAGUUGCUUCUCUCGAAGCCGAACUCGAGUGGGGAUUGUGAUGGAGAUAAUGAAUUGGGGGAGAGAUGGGUCUCUGUCUUGAACCAGUUAGGUUCUGUUCUUUGGUCAUUGAUGACAGCUUCAGGUCGAUCAGAAGCUCGUUUAUGGCUAUGCAACACCAUUGGAGGCAUUGAAUCCAUAACUCCCAGCCAGCAACGAGACAUCUUCGUGAAGCUUCUCAGAACCAAGCCUACUCAGGUAGGGAUAGCAACUCAGCUACUGCAGAUGAUAUUCACAAAGAGGGCUCACAGAGCAGGCGGAAUUGUAUCGAAAAGGAGUCAUGUGCUUGAGAGAUUCUUCCAAGGAAACUCUAUGCGAAUAUCUGAGUGGUUUUCCAACUUUGCUAAUGGAGCUGGAUUAGAGCACAAAAAGGGCGCCAAGGCGUUGUUUCAGUUUGCAUUUGUCAACCGCGACAUCUGUUGGGAGGAGCUUGAGUGGAGAGGGAAGCAUGGACAAUCGCCUGCUGUAGUAGCAACGAAGCCACAUUACCUUCUCGAUCUAGAUGUACAUCAAACAGUAGAGAAUUUCAUCAAACACGUCCCGGAAUUCUGGUCAUCCACUGAAUUCCAAGAGUCACUCAAAGAUGGUGAGAUUCUAGCAAUUGAUCGGAAGUACUUUCUUGACUUCUUUGUCAGAUUGAUGUUCAAGGAUGAUUCAAAAGAUGUGUGGGAUCUUGUAAAUGAGUUUCUCAUGGAGGAGCCGUUCUCUUCUCUGUGUCACCAUCUCCUUAUAGUUCUAGAAGAGAAGGAAUUCUCUUCUUUCCUUGAGUUGCUUCGUAGGAAUCUAAAACCCAGGUCAGAAGAAGGUGGGGUUCUUUCUUGGCUCGAGAUAAUCCUUUCUGAAAAUGGUGGGUCUAUUGAUCGGGUUCUUUUGGUCAAUGGGGUCAUAAACCAUGGACGCCAUCUCUUGAGGCUACUCCGUGAGGAGGAUAUUGAGGAGCAGAGAUCAGAAAUUGAGGAUAUUAUUUCAAAGAUGUGCAGAAUCCUGAGCGAUGCUAACACCUUGAGCCCUCUGCUGAGGGAGUGCUUAAAGGAGAAAAAAACAAGGGAAGAAGUGAUUAAGCUAUUGGGGAUUCAGUCAUGGGUUAUUCAGUAUUCAUUGUCAGAGGAGUGCAGGAAACCUGAGGCAUGGGAAUCUUUGUUUUCAGAUAAUGGAAUCGGUUUCAAGAGGACAAAUAAAUAUGAUCUGAUAAAUGAAGACAGCGAACCUGAAUUGGGCAGUGGAGAAUCGACUAAGAGGAAGAAGCACAAGAAGGAAAGGAGAAAGAAGAGGAGAAGAAACUUAGAUGAUGACAGUGAUGAGUUGUUGGAGUAUAAUAGGUUGAAUGGUUUUGGAGUCGGUUUGGAAGCUGCUGAUGGGAGCAGUUGGUUGCUAUCUACAGACAAUUAUUCAGCAUCAUUGACAAAUGCAGAUUUGCCAGAAUAUAUUUCGAAGCUGUGUUUUUCCACAUGGAUGAAGCUUGCAUCUUCUUAUCUAGCAUGAUACAGGAUUCAUGCUCCUCCAGCAGAUACCCAAUGGAAUGGAAGGUAAAGCAGUUGUCAUGUCAUCUGAAUCUACUUUUGGCUUUCGAACUGUUCGUCUCUCAGUUUAAGGACAGCUUAGAACCAAAUACUGAGUUUAUUUUAUCUAUAUCUUUCGUGUAAGGUGGGUUUAAUUGAUCGUAUCUGAUUUCUCAAUCUGGCAUGGGUUGCACCGCCACGGGAGCCACCAUCAAUAUAGGUUUGAACUUUAAACUUCGUAAUGGCAUUAUAUGAUUCUCAGCACCUGAUUGUUUUAUGUAAUCUCUCAUAGCAAAUAAUCUGUGUACUGUUGGAUUAUUGGAUAUGAGAUAGAUUGCACUCCACUGAUCCACUAUCAUUCCUCUCAUUAUGCUGAAGUACAUAAAUACAACAGGUUACAACUUCCAAUAUCCCCCAUUCCCACAUUGAAAAAUUGUACUUUAACUGGGGAGAUCUGGAACCGGAGGCAUACAGCACCAAGUGCCCUUGGAGACCUCACUGAGCAGCAUCUUCAGGCAUCCAUCGUUGCGCUGUUGAUGCUUAGAUGAAGUCGAGAAAUCAAAAGCAGCAUAUUAGUUUCUUGGAAACUAUUAGCAAUGUGAUUAUUUACAGGACAACUCGCUACUACUGCUACUACGAAUGUGGAUAGCUCCACGAGGCUUAUAACAGCCCUAAUAUAUAGUAGAGUUUGUACCAUGUAAUUAAUUGUUUACAGGACAAUGGACGAGGUUUUUUUUUUUUUUUGACAAUGGACGAGGUAGAAGGUCAAUAAACUGAGAAAACUGUC